AUGUCCUCCCUCGUCGAAGUCGCCUCUGAGGCCGAAUUCCCUAACAUCAUCUCCUCCAUCCCCCCGUCAUGCCUGCAGGUUCUCUACUUCCACGCCCCUUGGGCUGCUCCUUGCGCCCAAAUGCGCGCCGUCCUCUCCGCCCUCGCCUCUCAGUACCCCGCGACCAACCCUCCCUCCAUCGCCUUCCUCAGCGUUAACGCCGAGGAGCUCCCUGAUAUCUCGGAAGAGUACAACGUCACCGCUGUUCCCUUCGUAGUCCUCGUCCGGGACCACAAUAUUCUCGAAACCAUUAGCGGCAGUGAAGCAAUCCAAGUGCGCGAUGCCGUUGAGCGCCACGCCGGUGCCGGUGCCGCCGCCUCUGCAGACGGUGCUUCUAAGACCGUCAUCCCCCCACCAUUGACAGCCGUGCCUCGAGAGAACGUCCCCGCCACCGCUACACAGGCGCCCGCCACGAACGGCAACGCCGCCCCCGCAUUGACCCCCGAACAGUCGAAGGAGGCGCUGUUCGCGCGUCUCGCAGAGCUCGUGAAGGCUGCGCCGGUGAUGCUGUUCAUGAAGGGAUCUCCCAGUGCGCCUCAGUGUGGAUUCAGUCGGCAGAUUGUGGGCAUUCUGCGUGAGCGGAGCGUCAAGUAUGGAUUCUUCAACAUCUUGGCCGAUGAGGAUGUGAGACAGGGCCUGAAGGAGUUUGCGGAUUGGCCUACCUUCCCGCAGUUGUGGGUGGAGGGUGAGUUGGUUGGUGGAUUGGACAUUGUCAAGGAGGAACUCGAGAACGAUCCCGAUUUCCUGGACCGCUUCUCCGUCAACAAGCCCGCUGCUUAA